AUGCGCAAGCGCCUCCCCUCCUUUCUCAAGACCCAACUUGAGGAGCACCGGAUCGGCAAAUCCGCCAAGCUGCAGGCUGCCGCGGAGCUCCUCGCUCAAGCCCGAUCCAUCAACCUGCCGUCCCCACUGCCGCUCGGCACCGCGGGUUCCUCUUCGUCCAGCACCGUCUACCGCCCGCCCGCACCAGCGUCACCGGCCUACCGCCCACCAGUGAUGGCGUCGACACCUUCCUCCUCCAACAACAACAAGAAGAAGAAGCCCCCCAGCAAUGCUGCUUCUUCCUCGACUGCCCCACCUGCGGCGCAGGCCGGCUUCCAGCCUGGCAUCAACCCAUGGACCGGGCUGAACCAUUCUUGUUCUUACAUUAGAGAGUUCAUGGCUGACACUCAUGGACAAAGGUUUGAUUUACCUAUUCAAAACAAUUUAUGCGAGGAACUUUGA